AUGCACGCCCUUGCGUUCAGCGCAGCCCUCCUCCUGGGCGCCGCAUCCGCUGCAAUCGCAAAGCCCGCACCCGGCCUGCGUGCACGCCAGUCGAUCACCGCGCUAUCGACCGCGCAGAUCGACGCGUUCACGCCGUAUACGUGGUAUGCGAGUACGGGGUACUGUACGCCGGCGGAGACGCUUGCUUGGGAUUGCGGCACGGACUGUGAGGCGAAUGCGGAUUUCGAGCCGGUUGCGUCAGGAGGGGAUGGAGAUGAUGUGCAGUACUGGUUUGUGGGUUACGAUCCCUCGUUGGACAGCGUGAUUGUGUCGCACCAGGGCACGAAUGUAGAUGACAUCCUACCGAUCAUUACGGAUGUGGACAUCAUCAUGACGACGCUUGACUCAAGCCUGUUCCCUGGGCUGUCCUCAGAUAUUGAGGUUCACUCAGGGUUCGCCGACGCCCAGGCCAAGACUGCAACAGACGUCCUGUCUGCUGUUCAGACGACCAUGUCGACGUAUGGCGCUAGCAAGGUUGCUGUUGUCGGCCACUCACUCGGUUCUGCGAUCUCCUUGCUCGAUGCGGUCUACCUCCCUCUCCACAUCUCCGAUGCGACCUUCACCUUCGUCGGCUACGGCCUCCCGCGCGUGGGGAACCAGGCCUUCGCGGACUACGUAGACGCGCAGUCCACGUCCGUCACGCACAUCAACAAUGAGGAGGACCCCGUCCCGAUCCUGCCGGGCAUGUUCCUCGGCUUCGUGCACCCGUCUGGGGAGGUGCACAUCGAGGACUCGGGCGAGUGGGCGUCGUGCCCUGGUCAGGACAAUCCGAGCACGCAGUGUAUUGUCGGGGACGUGCCGGAUAUCUGGGAUGGCGAUACCUCGGACCACGAUGGGCCGUACAAUGGAAUUGAGAUGGGAUGUUAG